AUGCAUCCUCCAAGCAUCCUCGUCAUUAUCGGUAUCAUUACUAGCGUAGGCGCUGUGCUUAAUUGCAAACCGUCAGAAUGGUUCGAACGGACCACUCCUCAACACUUAGAUAUGCUCUAUAACAAUUCUGAUUCUGAAUUCCAGACCGCCAUUCAGUACUACAAAUCGAUACGUUCCGAUGAUUAUGACUCUUGUGAUGCUUAUGAGGGCAUCGGCCAGGAGGAGCAGGCAAAGUACAAACUCACAGAUAAAGAUGUACCAUCUGAGUUGAGUGGGGGUGUCGUCGUAUGCCAGAAAAAUGGACCUCCGGUCGAUAGAGAGGAUGUGAAAACUGCCCAAAGGGCACAAUUAAAAGCCUGUAACGGAUCGCAUUGGGGAAAAAACUUCGGACCCGAACGUUUAUCCUUCCCCUCCGGAAACCUUGAGGCAUUUCAAUGUGACUAUACAAAAAAGGACAAAAAGCACCAUGGGAAACCGGUAGGACAGACAUGCCACCCGGAAUCGCUUGUAGCGAUGUUAUUACAAGUUCACAUACACUGUGGAACUCAAAGCGGGUACUUUUAUAUGCGGAAGUGGGAUGUCGCAUAUGGUCGGGUGCGUAAAGAAUAUAGAGGGCUCUGCGAGUAG